AUCAUGAAGUGCAGAAAAAACAUACCAAGCACUUCCCUUUUUCUGUGAUCUCUCAAAGGUCUCUCAAUUAUACAUUACACAUUCCGUAUCACUGUUCUGUGUCCUCUCUCUCUCUGUUUGUGCGCUUCAACUGUUCCUCUCUUUCUCUCUCUGUACUUUGCCUACCUCUCAGACCUCCAGAUCGGUCUCUCUCUCUCUCUCUCUCUCUCUCUAAAAUCUCUCCCUUUCUCUCUCUACAAGACUCGGAAGAAAUCACUCAGCAACAGAUGGCAAUGCAGGCAGCAAGUCCUGCUACUGCUCUUCCCAGUGCCCAAGUUGUUGGUAAUGCCUUUGUUGAGCAGUAUUACCACAUUCUUCACGAAUCCCCGGAAUUGGUUUAUAAAUUUUAUCAAGAUUCAAGUGUGCUAAGUCGACCCAACUCUAAUGGCGUAAUGACUUCGGUGACAACCAUGCAGGCCAUCAAUGACAGGAUUCUAUCCUUGGAUUACGGAAACUACAAGGCAGAGAUAAGAACUGCAGAUGCUCAGGAGUCCUACAAGGAAGGAGUGAUUGUUUUAGUAACAGGAUACUUAACUGGAAAGGACAACGUGAGAAGGAAAUUUACUCAAACCUUCUUUCUAGCUCCACAAGAGAAGGGCUACUUUGUCCUUAAUGACGUGUUUAGGUUUGUUGAGGAAAGUGAAUCAUUGGAGGUUAAUUCCAUGUCAGUUAAUGGCAUCAAUGACAAUACUCUUGUGCCCCCCUUGCCGUCAGAUCCAGAGCCCAUUCGUGGUCCUGAUCAUUCUGUAUUGGAGCCUGCUGUGACCUUUGAGGCUGAGGAUAUAAAUAAUGGCGCCGAAGUUUGUGAUCCCUCGGAUCAUGAGGAAGAAUCAGUUAUUGAAGGAGAGGUUAUUGACGAGCCCCCAACUCAUUCAAGUGAGAUUGAGGCUAAUACAGUUGUCAAUUCAGAUACUUCUGCAGCUCAAGAGGGGAAGAAAUCUUAUGCUGCAAUGGUGAAGGUAACUAAGGUUACUAAAGCAUUUACUCCAGUCUAUGUUCCUACCAGUAGCAUCAGGGUGGCACCUGCAAAUGCUGAUCAACAGUCAGUGGGUCCUGCCAAACCAGCUCCUGAAUUAGAAGCAUCAGCUCCUGUUAGUGACAUUGCUCCUGAAAGUACCACUGCUCAUGAGGAAGUUGAAGGUCACUCCAUAUACAUACGGAACUUGCCUUUGAAUGCAACGGUUGCACAGCUUGAGGAGGAGUUCAUAAAAUUUGGGCGUAUUAAACAUGGUGGCAUCCAAGUCCGAAGUAACAAGCAACAGGGAUUUUGUUUUGGCUUUGUUGAGUUUGAAUCAUUGGAUUCCAUGCAGGCUGCUAUACAGGCCUCACCCCUAACAAUCAGGGGUCACCAAGCUGUUGUUGAGGAGAAGAGAACUACCACUCGAGUUGGCAGCAGCGGGAGAGGGAGGUACACUUCAGGCAGGGGUGGAUUCCGGAACGACAGCUUCAGGAGCCGUGGGAACUAUGGUGGUGGCAGGGCCUACAGCCGGAACGAGUUCAGAAACCAGGGGGAAUUUUCCGGCCGACCAAAGGGUCCGAGUGGACGAAAUGGAGAGGGUUACCAACGUGUUGAUCAAAAUGGAAGUGAGAGAGGCGGUCGUCAAGGUGGGAUGAAUAAUAAUAAGGGUGUUGCUUCAGGGUAACAAAGGUUAGUAAAUAUAUCUUGUCUGACAGGUGAUUUUUUGGCAGUAAAUGGGGGAUAUUUCUGUUUCUUAGUCUUGGACUGGUGUUUCUAUUUUUAUUAUGUCAACCCCUAUUUUUAUUGUUGGGAUCGUGAUUAGGUUACAUGAGUUAGUAAGUUGUUCAGUGCAUUUGAGGAUUCUUCUUCCAUCAAUGAUGUGAAAAAUGUGUUAUGAUCUC